UUAUCGUGGGCCUAUGCACCACCGCGGCUUGCUGGCGACAGGUCGCCGGCCUCCGGGAGACGGAAGCCGAGCGGGCUCAUGGGGCGCUCUCCGAGUUCGAACCCUUUGAGGACGAGGAGAUUGGCUCCAACGCUGUGCCGGUGGAUACGGAUGAAGACACCGAACUCGAAGAUGCCACGGAAAGGCGGAUAGAUGACGAAAUGAACUCGAUGACCACGAAAGAGACGACGGAAAGCAGCACAACAACGACCACGACCCAGGCGACGCAUCCUGACGUGGAUCACGGUUUCUUCGGUGAUACUGGGCACGACGACCACCACCAUGACCAUUCGACCUCGGGUGAUGACGACGGCGAUAUGUUCGGCCUCGGGGGCGA